AAACCAAGUGCUGAGGAGAUAGAUAUGCAGAAAAUUGAAGCAGAAAAUAACUUAAUUAGUACAUGGGCACAAAGUCAAUCCGUCUUGGACUGCCAGCAUCGCGAUGGCGAAGCAAAUACCGAGGAAUCUGGCCCUGUUGAAGCUGUUGGACCUCUUAUUUUGAUAUAA